AUAAAGCAACUGUUAUAAUGCACAAAUUUGGUUGAACGUUUCUUUUGCUAACAAGAAGACAGUAUUUUAACAAUGAGUACUACAGCAAAGGUUAUUAAAUGUAAAGCUGCUGUGGCUUGGGCCCUAAAUCAGCCACUGGAAAUUGAGGAGAUUGAAGUACAACCACCAAAAGCAGGUGAAGUCCGGAUUAAGAUGAUAAGUACAGGAAUAUGUCGGACAGAUGACCAUGCAAUCUGUGGUACAUUUUCAGGGUUGGAUUUUCCUAUUAUUUUGGGCCAUGAAGGAGCUGGAAUCAUUGAAAGUGUUGGAAAAGGAGUAACUGGAUUAAAACCAGGAGAUAAAGUUAUUCCACUUUGCCUUCCUCAAUGUGGAAAGUGCAGCUCUUGUCUCAAUCCAAAGAGCAAUUAUUGCUUUAAAUCACACUUUUCUGAAUCACAAAAUGUAAUGCUUGACAAGACAUCAAGGUUUUCAUGCAAGGGAAAUGUUGUAUAUCAUUUUCUGUGGACCAGCACCUUUUCCGAAUAUGUUGUGACGCCUGCUCAGUCAGUUGCAAAGAUUGAUGAUGGAGCACCCAUGGAUAAGGCCUGUCUUUUUGGAUGUGGCUUUCCUACUGGAUAUGGAUCUGCUGUCAAUACUGCCAAAGUGGAGCCUGGUACUACUUGUGCUGUAUUUGGAUUGGGUGGCAUUGGGCUGUCCGCCAUAAUUGGAUGUAAAGUUUCUGGAGCAUCAAGAAUUAUUGCUAUUGAUAUAAACAGCAGCAAGUUUGAAAAGGCAAAGCUGUUUGGAGCCACUGACUGCAUCAAUCCCAAUGAUUAUGCAAAGCCGAUUCAGGAGGUGAUCAUGGAAAUGACAGGAGAUGGAGUACAUUAUUCCUUUGAAUGUAUUGGCAAUACAAAUAUUAUUGUAGCAGCACUGGAGUGUACUCAUCCAGGAUAUGGGACUAGUGUGGUUAUAGGUGAAGCUCCCCCAAAUACAAACAUCACAUUUGAUCCUCUUCUGCUUCUCACAGGGCGCACAUGGAAAGGCAGCUUCAUUGGAGGUCUUAAAACUAGGGACCAAAUCCCAGAGUUGGUAUCUAGCUAUAUGGCAGGCAAAUUUGACGUGGAAGGUUUAGUGACCCAUACUUUGCCUUUUUCCCAAAUAAAUGAAGGAUUCAAACUUCUAAGAUCUGGAAAAAGCAUCCGCACAAUCUUGUUGUUCUAAAUUGAAGAGUUUUCUUGGACCAGUAUCACCCAUAAUGGACUCGACUUAGACAAAUAAAAAUGGCAAUCUUUACUUAAAUUUAAUUUAAUUGAUUUGUCAAAUGUACUUUUCUCGGCACAAGCCAAAAUGAAAUGCUUUACAUUUAGUUAAAAACUGAUUCCAAAUUGUUAAUGUAAACAGCAUAUUUAUAAUAUAGUAGGUGUGACAUUCACCAAACAUUU